AUGUUGCCAAAGAAACGAUUCUUCUUUUCAUCAACAACACGUUCACAACAUCCUCUUUCACAUCACACAUUGAUGUUCAGUACUCUAUUCACAACAUUUCUCAUUAUUUUUCUAUCAACAUCAACACAAGCUCAAGUUUCUACAAGUACUUGUUCGGGUUCGUGUAUGGCCGUGUCUGACGUGCUAGCAAAUAGUGCCAUCAAAUCGGGACUCACCAUGUGUCAAAAUUAUUUACCAAAAUCUCAAUAUGUUUGCAUUACCCGAAACUAUACAUCGGAUGACCUUGCACUACAAAAUAACUUUCUCAAAAAUUCUAAAUUUCUUCCCGAUGAUGCAAGUUGUAUCUCAUCAUGGAAAUCAUUUGCUUGCAUGAGAGUAUUUGCUUCGUGCUAUCCAACGAACAAGACUGUUUUGCCUGUGUGUUAUUCCGAUUGUUUGACAUAUACUGAAAACUGUUGGAAUAGAGAUAGAGGCUACAAUCCGUUCAACUGGUUUUAUCAAGGCGUAUUCUUUUUGAAUCCUGAUCUAGAUUUAAAGUUCAAAUAUUUCUGUGCUAAAAAUUCAGCUGGACUGCUUGGACAAAGUGGCGAUGUGAUCGACUAUAACGCUAGUCCAAAUCCGUACUGUACAACAUCCACGGGAGCUUCAUUAGUGACACUGAUGAACAGCAGUGUCACACUUAUUAUGGCAUUCAUUAUUCUUGCCUUAACUAUUUAA